CCUACAUACGCUGCUUUCACAGAUCAAAACGAGAAAAUGGACGACGACUUUGCAAAAUUGCCUGAGGAAUGUAUCUCUGAAAUUCUUUCCUUAACUUCGCCGGUGGAUGUAUCGGCAUUUUCUAUCAUUUCUAAGCGUUUCAAAUCAGCAUCCGACUCUGACAAUGCUUGGAGCAAAUUUGUGCCCUCCGAUAUUGACGACAUCAUUUCCAAAUCAUCCACUCCCUUCCCCCUUGAAUCUCCGCCCACCAAGAAGCAGCUGUUUUUUAGCCUCUCCGGGUUUUCUUUCGUCCUUGAAGAAGGCAAAAAGGUAUUUUAUCUAGACAAGCAUACAGGCAAGAAAUGCGUUAUGAUUUCAGCAGCGGAACUUGAGUUCAGUGGGGCGAAUGUUUCUAAUCAGUUGCUAACCACAUAUGAUCCACAUGCCAGGUUUAAGGAGGUAGCAAAACUGACUUUAUACAAAGGUGUGUUUGACAUUACUUUGAAAAUGACAAGUCAGUUGUUAUUAUCCAAGGAAACACAUUACUCGUGUUAUUUGAUGUACAAAAUGGAAGAUGCGCGCAGCUACUGGGAUGACGCGCGAUUCAAGUGAUUAUAGCCAUCUAACACUUGCCGAUGGGUGACUUUAUAAAUGGAGUUCAUGGCCUUUGGUGUCUUCUAUGGCCGCACAAUUUAAUUAAAGAAGCAAGACCUUUGGUGUCUUCCACGGCCAUUUGUUUAUCACUUUAUUCAAGAAAUGGAAGCCUAAGAGGCGAGUCGGCU